GGCAUGAGGCGGAGCGGCGGCGGCACAAAGGCUCCUCCGGGGCUGCGCGUUGCCUGACGCGGCCCAGCGCCCCCGGGCCCCGCCGUGCCCGGCGGCUUCCGCGGCCCCGCGGGACGAUGUCGCAGGAUCACGACAUGGACAAGACGAUCAAGGAAACCUCCAUUUUAGAGGAAUACAACAUUAACUGGACUCAGAAGCUGGGAGCUGGGAUCAGUGGGCCCGUUAGAGUCUGCAUGAAAAAAUCCUCCCAAGAACGCUUUGCACUGAAAAUCCUCCUCGAUCGUCCAAAAGCUCGAAAUGAGGUACGUCUGCACAUGAUGUGUGCAACACAUCCCAAUAUUGUUCAAAUAAUUGAAGUUUAUGCUAACAGUGUGCAGUUCCCACAUGAAUCCAGCCCCAGGGCUCGGCUCCUAAUUGUAAUGGAGAUGAUGGAAGGGGGAGAGCUCUUCCACAGAAUCAGCCAGCACCGGCACUUUACUGAGAAGCAAGCGAGCCAAGUAACAAAGCAGAUAGCUUUGGCUUUGCAGCACUGCCACUCACUAAACAUUGCACACAGAGACCUCAAGCCUGAGAAUCUCCUCUUCAAGGAUAACUCUCUGGAUGCACCUGUUAAAUUGUGUGACUUUGGGUUUGCCAAAGUAGACCAAGGUGACUUGAUGACACCCCAGUUCACUCCCUAUUACGUAGCACCUCAGGUAUUGGAGGCACAAAGAAGACAUCAGAAAGAAAAGUCUGGUAUUAUCCCCACCUCUCCAACUCCUUACACUUACAACAAGAGCUGUGACCUGUGGUCCCUGGGGGUCAUUAUCUACGUGAUGCUGUGUGGAUACCCCCCUUUUUACUCCAAGCACCACAGCCGGACGAUUCCCAAGGACAUGAGGAAAAAGAUCAUGACAGGAAGCUUUGAAUUCCCAGAGGAAGAGUGGAGCCAGAUCUCAGAAAUGGCAAAAGACAUUGUGAGAAAGCUGCUGAAGGUCAAACCUGAGGAACGCCUGACCAUUGAGGGGGUGUUGGACCAUCCCUGGCUCAAUUCCACGGAGGCCCUGGAUAACAUCCUGCCCUCUGCCCAGCUGAUGAUGGACAAGGCCAUGGUGGCAGGGAUCCAACAGGCUCACGCAGAACAACUUGCAAACAUGAGAAUCCAAGACCUCAAAGUGAGCCUGAAACCCCUUCACUCCGUGAACAACCCGAUCCUGCGCAAGCGGAAACUCCUGGGCACCAAGCCAAAGGAUGGUGUUUACAUCCAUGACCCUGAGAAUGGAAGCAACGAUUCCAACGUGGCUCUGGAGAAGCUGAGAGAUGUGAUUGCUCAGUGCAUUCUACCACAGGCUGGUAAAGGAGAGAAUGAAGAUGAGAAGCUGAAUGAAGUGAUGCAGGAGGCCUGGAAAUACAACAGGGAGUGCAAGUUGCUGCGAGACACCCUGCAGAGCUUCAGCUGGAAUGGCAGAGGAUUCACAGACAAAGUGGAUCGACUAAAACUGGCAGAAAUUGUCAAACAAGUGAUUGAAGAGCAGACAAACUCCCACGACUCUCAAUAGCUGGAGCUUCUUAAUCUUAUUUUUUUUACCAUUUAAGAUUUAUUCUUUAACUGUAAAAAGUAUUUUUAUGUAAAUUAAUAAAUCAUAAUUAUUUCAUUAAAUUUCCAUACUGCUUGAAAAUGCUGUAUAGUUGUAGAUACAAAAAAAAAAAUCAUUGGUACUGUAAUAUUUUUUUAAAACUCAGUUCCUUGAGGUAUAUAUGAUCACUUAUGUACUGUUAAUCAUGAGCCCCCUAAAUGGGGUGGAUUUUAUUGUUAAAAACCAUUCUUUUUCUUAAUAACCAGUUGCAGAAGCUGCCUUUCACCUGCCACAUCCAGCCCCUGCAGUGACUGUAUGCGAAGGAGAGCCACAGUUUCUCAAGCCCCUGCUCAGUGAGUACUUGAAGCAAGUGCUGUGAAAUCCAAAUUCACAGCUCCCCUUGGCAUCUAAAUUCCAGGUCUUUAGGUAGAGAAAAAUCAAUUCAAUACCCUUCAGUUUGGCUUGCUGCCUUGCCCAGGCACCUGAGGCCAUGUGCUUGCUGGAAUUUUCAGUUCUGAGCAGUGACUCUCUUUUUUUUUUUUUUCUUUUUUUUUUUGUCAUCUUCCCCAUCUCCCUCAGACCUUCUGUAAGGCUUAACCCCCUCUCUUUCUUCCUCCUCAUCUUCCUCAGAGCUUUUUUAAGGCUGAAUCAGCCAUUCAGCACAAAACUCUUCUUUUUCUCACCUUGUCCAACAACAGAAGAGAAGAAUGUUCAAGUUCUUAUGCACAAGUUAUUUUAAUUUCCAUGGUGGGAUCUUCUAUGGGCCGAGACCAGCCUGGGGUUUGUUUGUGUGGGAUCCACCCCUGUAUUCCCAUUCUUUCCUUCCUAGAAGAUCCAAGGCUUGGGUUCAGACCUGUCCUCUUGUUUGGCAGAGCUGCUCCUGGGCAGGCUCCCAGUGCUCUGGGGAACCCUUGGGAUCUGUCUCUGGAGCCCAAAUUCCCCUCUCUGAUGCCUUCAAGCUCCUUCUUGGGGGAGCCACAACUGCAGGGCUGCUCCUUGCCACACAUCCUUUGCUGCCUCCCCAGGGCAGGUUCUUACUCUAGUCUGGAACAUUGGCUCCAAAAGCUGCUUUUUUUAAUCCUGAUAAAGCAAACCAAUGGGAAGAAUCUGUACAUAGUUCUAGUUUUCUACCUUUUCUGCUUCUCUUUCUUUCGAGACCGGGCGGAGGCUUUUUAUAGAGCUAUUUUGGUACCAAACCCGUGCAGACAUCGGGUGAGUUUGGUCUGCAGACUGAAGUGCCAACCCAGGGCCAUCAGUGACCACUCCUGAACGUUGUUGUCUUUCACAGCUCAUCCAUUUUUGGGUUUACAUUGACAAACCUGAGCCAUGAAUCUCCCAGUUCUCUCUUACGGAAGUCCAGCCUUGUUCUUUUUUUUCUCUCUUUUCUAUACCAAAACUUCCUUGCAGCUUUAGCUGGAUGGCAAAGCAGUGUCUGACUCUUUCUAUACGAUUUUCUAAAGGUGACUUGUUUUUUCUACGUGAAGGAGAUGCUUUGUUUCCUGUUCUCUUUUGUCAGCUUUCCUUAAUCCUGUGGACAGUUUUCCAAUGCCUGAUUUAUUGCAGGGUAAGAACAGUCCCUGCUUAUCCAUCCUCUGAUGGGAGCAAGGAGUGUUUGUGUGAGCUGGAAUUGUACCUCUGACACUAGCUGGAAUAUUUGUGCACUGACCUGUUGAUGAAAACUGAAGAGAAUUGGCAAAAAUUGAGAGUUUUUGUCAUUUCUUGGCUGUACCACCAAGCCCUCUUACGUGCAUUUCUGUCCUUAUUCUAAUUCUAGGUCAUGUCUUGAAAUGGUUUCAUUUUGAACUUGAAAUCCAUGUUUUUUCUGGGAAACUGAAACUUUCAAGUGUGGCAAAUAGAGACAGAAACAAGGAAAUCACCUUUGUUUGAAUGGCAGAGCAAAAAAAUCCCCUCAAAACGCACUUUGUGACUCUGCCCUCCCAGGAGGAAAACCCUCAGGCAGUUUUUUGGGAGCCAGAAUUUGUAGGCAGGAAAAUGGAUCAGAUUGGAGGUGCAGUCAGAAGGGAAGGUGGGAUCUGAUGUGUGUUAGAGGAUCCCUCCUUUUCUUCAUCCCUUAAGUGCUGCUGAUCCUGAGGUGGGAACAUUUGUACGAAUUUCCAAGGGCUUUUGCCAUAAGGAACUGCUUUUGAUGGAUUUACUCUACAUUUUCUUGUCUGUGAUAAAUACGAAGGGGCCUGAUCUGAAGCAGAGGGAGGAGGGACAGAUUAAGAAAACACAAUUUGAAGACUCAAGGUCAAAUGGUUUUGUUUUUAUGAGAAAAUUGAUUUUUUUACUCUUGGAAAAGUUCUGGUUUACAUUUCAAAGCUCAAUAACUUUAAUGGAUCCAUUUAUGUAUUUUCAAGUAGCAUUUGGCUUUCUCCUUCCUGUGUUUUGUUAUUUUUCAGUUGAAGCAAGUGCAGGACACCUUGUCUUGAUUCUCUGAGGUUUGACUUGGUAAUAAAGCUACUGAUCCUUUAUAGCAGACUGUGAAUAUUGUAAAUAUCUUGAGCUGGAAGUGUGGGAUCAAAGAAGACUUUCUUUGUACAAACACUAAAAAGAUGUGGGAAAGUUCUGGAGGUUGGUGGGUUUUGGGUUUUUUUUAGAAUUCUAUUUAAGUGAAGAAAAAUCUCUGAAAUCAUUUGACCUUUUCAAAAUUUUCUGUAUUAUCUGACUUCUCCUGUGACUUGAUUAUUUGAAGCUUUUCUAUAUAUUUACUAAAAGUUAGGAGAACCUGAUUAGUGAAAGAGCUUUUGAUUGGAAAUAGCAACGUCAAAGUUUUGCUGUCAUUACUUUUGGAUUUUCUUUUGGAAACCAGAGUCUGUCCCCAUGUUUAACUCCUGUGUGUUAAAAUGUUCUCAUUUCUCCUUCUCAGUGUUCCCUGUUAGUUCCUUUUGGAUCAGUAUUACAUUGUAAAUAUUACCCAUCCUGUAUAUAAAUGAUUUUACUAAA